UGUGCUGUGUCCCACGGACACAGCGGAUCACGGAAAGAGCCGAAGAUGGGACAUGUGCACUGAUCAUCAGGGCACUGAUGAUCAGUGUGCCCUGAUGAUCACUGUGGCCCCAGAAGUGCCACCUGUCAGUGCUCAUCAGUGCCACAUAUCAGUGCAUACCAGUGCACAUCAAUGCCACAUAUCAGUGCCCAUCUGAGCUGCCUUUCAAUGUCACCCAUCAGUGCCAGUCAGUGCCACCUAUCAAUGCCAAUCAGUGCCACCUAUCAGUGCCAGUCAGUGCUGCCUAUCAGUGCGCAUCAGUGCCACCUAUCAGUGCCAGUCAGUGCCGCCUAUCAGUGUCAUGUAUCAGUG